AAUUUCCUGAGUCAUUGCUCAUCCUGGUUCAAAUGUGAAACGAAAUAACGCUUCAUCUCCUUACUACUACCCACUAAGCUACGUUAAACCAUAAGCUUUCUGUGACACUGAAAGUCUACGGUAUUUUACAAUGGAGGGUUCUGUAUCAGAUGUGGAGAUCUGUAAUUUCGCUUACACGGGGCAGUUUGAGAAAUUAAAACAGUCUAUCCUGUCAGAUAAAACGCUUGCCUGCAAAGCGGAUCAGGACAAUCGAACCGCACUGCACUGGGCUUGUUCUGCUGGCCACACCAACAUUGUGGAGUUUCUGCUUGACCUGGGAGUUGAAGUGAAUUUGCAAGAUGAUGCUUCGUGGACCCCUCUUCACAUUGCAGCAUCUGCGGGCAGAGAAGACAUAGUGAGAUCUUUAAUAUCAAAAGGAGCUCAGCUGAAUUCAGUAAAUCAAAAUGGAUGUACCCCCCUGCACUACGCAGCCUCUAAAGACAGAUAUGAGAUUGCCCUGAUGUUAUUGGAAAACGGAGCGGACCCCAAUGCCACCGACAAGUUGGAGUCCACUCCCCUUCACAGAGCAUCUGCCAAGGGCAACUACCGCCUCAUCCAGCUGCUUCUCAAACAGAGUGCCUCCACCAACAUCCAGGACUCACAGGGCAACACACCGCUCCACCUGGCAUGUGAUGAGGAACGUGUGGAAGCAGCCAAGUUGCUGGUGGAACAUGGGGCCAGCAUCUACAUUGAGAACAAGGAGGAGAAGACCCCCCUCCAGUUAGCCAAGGGCGGUCUGGGUAACUUAUUGCGUCGGAUUGUGGAGGGAUGAUGCAUUUAUUUUGUCACUGCUUGAAUCUCCGCCAUCAGUAAGUUACAUAAUGAGAAUUCUCAUCCCAGUCAAUCCCCCCUGAGCAGCCUGGCGUCGGCCACCCAGAUGUGUAACCUGUGGAAGAUGAAAGAGCUAGGGCGAAGAGUUGAAGUGUACUGCAUCCUGCUUCUCAGAUGGAGCAGUGAAAUUGUUCAGACCUCAGAUGUCUAAUCAAAAGCACUCUACAUUAAAAACUGCAGCCUAUUUUCUAUGAAGUUCAAAUUGUUACAGAAAUGAAUAAAUAAAAUCAGUGUUCAGCUUGUUAAUAAAGGUUAUUGGGGAUGCAUUUA